AUGGAUAUCAACCAGGUGUUGGAGGGGACGCUUUCGCCUGAUGCGAACAUCCGAAAGGCCGCCGAGGACCAGCUCAGCCAGGCUGCCGAGUCCAACUUUCCCCAAUACCUCACCAUCCUCGCCGGCGAGCUCGCCAACGAGCAGUCCCAGCCGCACAUCAGGACCGCCGCCGGUCUUGCGCUCAAGAACGCCUUCACGGCACGCGAGUACGCACGGUUACGUCAGGUCCAGGACCGAUGGCAGGCCCUGGAUGCCCAGAUCAAGAGCAACGUUAAGCAGCUUGCCCUGAACACGCUCUCGUCGUCAGACGCCCGCGCCGGCCAGUCUGCCGCCCAGUUCAUCGCCUCCGUUGCCGCCAUCGAGAUACCCCAGAACCAAUGGCCAGAGCUGAUGCAGACGCUCGUCCAGAAUGUGGGCGAGGGUCCUCCCCACCAGAAGAUGGCCUCGCUAACCACCAUCGGCUUCAUCUGCGACACUGACGACCUGGACCUGCGGGAGGCUCUGCAGCACCACUCCAACGCCAUCCUCACCGCCGUUGUCCAGGGCGCCCGCAAAGAGGAACCCAACAACGACGUACGACACGCCGCCAUUUCGGCCCUCGGUGACUCGAUCGAGUUCGUGCGGUCCAACUUUGAGAACGAGGGCGAGCGGAACUACAUCAUGCAGGUCAUAUGCGAGGCAACACAGGCGGAAGACAACCGCAUCCAGCAAGGCGCAUACGGCUGCCUGAACAGGAUAAUGGGCCUCUACUACGACAAGAUGCGCUUCUACAUGGAGAAGGCGCUCUUCGGCCUGACCAUCCAGGGCAUGAAGAGCGAGGAGGAGGAUGUUGCCAAGCUGGCCAUUGAGUUCUGGUGCACCGUCUGCGAGGAGGAGAUCUCCAUCGAAGAUGACAACCAACAGGCUCAGGCUGAAGGCUCGACCGAGCUGCGCGACUACUUCAACUUUGCACGCGUGGCGACUCAGGAGGUCGUUCCCGUGCUACUCGAGCUUCUGGCUAAGCAGGACGAAGAUGCCGACGACAACGAAUACAACGUCUCCCGUGCCUCAUACCAAUGUCUGCAGCUCUGGGCAAGCUGCGUGGGGAGCGGUGUUGUGCCUCCUGUCCUUCAGUUCGUUGAGAAGAACCUCCGCUCCGACGACUGGCAUUACCGGGAUGCCGCUGUUUCGGCUUUCGGUGCCAUUGUUGAAGGACCCGAGGAGAAUGUCCUAGAGCCCUUGGUCAAGCAGGCUCUCCCGGUCUUGAUCUCCAUGAUGGACGAUCAGGUGAUCCACGUCAAGGACUCCGCUGCUUAUGCCCUGGGUCGCAUUUGCGAGGGUGCACCAAGCGCUGUCGAUGAACAGCAGCACCUCCCCUCGCUCAUCAGCGCUCUGUUCAACGGUCUGUCGAGCCACACUAAGAUGGCAUCUUCGUGCUGCUGGGCUCUGAUGAACCUUGCCGAUCGCUUCGCUGGCGAGCCGGGAUGCGACUCGAACCCGCUCUCCGCCCACUUCCAGCAGAGCAUCCAGCACAUUCUUCAGGUCACCGAACGUGGCGAUGCUGACAACCAGCUUCGAACCGCGGCGUACGAAGUACUCAACUCUUUCAUCAACAACGCUGCCAACGACAGCAUCGGGCUUGUGGCCACGCUUUCAAACGUCAUCUUGGAACGAUUGGAGAAGUCCAUUGCGCUCCAGCAGCAAGUCGUAAGCGUUGAGGACAAGCUUACCCUCGAAGAGAUGCAAACGAGCUUGGCCAGUGUUGUCAUGGCUAUCAUCCAGCGUCUGGAGACCGACAUCAAACCGCAGGCAGAUCGCAUCAUGCAGAUUCUGCUUACGCUGCUUUCCAGCCUCCCGCCCAAGUCUAGCGUCCCGGACGCUGUUUUCGCCGCCAUUGGUUCCAUCGCGACAGCAUUGGAGGAGGACUUCAUCAAGUACAUGGAUGCUUUCUCCAAGUUCCUCUACAACGCGCUUGGCAACCAGGAAGAGCCUAGUCUUUGCUCCAUGGCCAUUGGUCUUGUCAGUGACAUCACUCGAGCACUGGGCGAAAAGGUUACGCCAUACUGUGAUGCUUUCAUGAACUACCUGCUUAACAACCUGCGAAGCGCUGCGUUGGGCAACCAAUUCAAGCCUGCCAUCCUGCAAUGCUUCGGCGACAUCGCCCACGCCAUCUUGGGGGCUUUCGAGACGUACCUCCCUGUUGUGGCCCAGGUGCUUCAGCAGGCUUCGUCUGUUUCGAUGACCACCGAGGGCAACUUUGAGAUGAUGGACUACAUCACUUCGCUUCGCGAGGGUAUCAUGGACGCUUGGGACGGUAUCGUCGUUGCCAUGAAGUCUAGCGGCAAGACGCAGCUACUGGUUCAAUACCUGGACUCUGUCUUCGAGCUGCUUCGCAUCAUCCAGCUCGACAGCAACCGAACCGAGGCGCUACUACGCUCAUCUUGUGGUGUGAUUGGUGACAUCGCUGAUGCUUUCCCCAACGGCGACAUUAAGGAAUACUUCCGACAUGACUUCCUCACUGCGUUGACUCGGGAGACACGCGCCAACCAGGAUUUCACCAACCGCACACGCGACACCGCUCGGUGGGCACGCGAGCAGAUCAAGCGCCAGAUUGGCGGUGCCCAAGGUGUCAUGGCCUGA